AUGACCGACCCCCAUAACCACGACCUCGAAGCAUCCCCCACCUCCACCCCCAUCUCCAAACCCUCACCCCCCAAAUCCAAAUCCAAAUCCAACCCCCCCAACCUCAUCACCUGGACCACCCCCACCGACCCCUCCAACCCCCAAAACUGGCCCAAAAGCCUCAAAUGGAAAAACACAUUAUCCAUAUCCCUCUUCGUCUUCAUCUCGCCCAUCUCCUCCUCAAUGAUCGCCCCAGCAAUGAACGAUCUCGCGCAGUCGCUGGACAUGAUACACUCCGAAUUCGAGAUAUAUCUGUCCCUGAGUAUAUUUAUCUUGGGUGAUAUGUGGGCUGCGGAAGGACGGGGAAAAGCUAUGGGAGUGUAUACUCUCGGACCAUUACUGGGACCUGUGGUGGGACCGAUAGCCGGAGGGUUUAUUGCGGAGUAUUCCACCUGGCGGUGGGUAUUUUGGGCUACGUCUGCUGCUGCUGUCGCGGUGCAGAUUGUUGGGGUGUUCUGGUUGAAGGAGUGUCAUCCGGGGACGAUUCUACGGCGGAGACGAGAUGCUCUUGUCAAGGAGACAGGAAAUCAGGAGCUCCAUCCAGCGGAGAAAGAUGAGAGUCACGGAUACAAGCUUCUUCAUGCGUUUAAGCGGCCAGUGCGCAUGUUCACGACUCAGCCGAUUGUCUUCUGCAUGGCGCUUUAUAUGGCGUACCUCUUCGGCGUGACGUAUUUGAUGUUUGCGACUUUCCCGGAUAUUUGGACGGAGGUAUAUCAUGAGAGCUCUGGGAUUGGGGGCCUCAAUUAUCUGUCGAUCGCGAUUGGGUCGUUCAUUGGGCUGUUCUUGAACCUCAAGCUCGUGGACCGGAUCUAUCGUGGUCUUAAAGCCCGGAAUAAUGAUGUUGGCAAACCUGAGUUCCGAAUGCCGUCGUUGGCUGUCGGGUCGGUGAUCAGCAUCAUUGGGCUUUUCUGGUAUGGUUGGAGUAUUGGACAAACUCAUUGGAUUAUGCCGAAUAUCGGUGCGCUGAUCUAUACCAUGGGCACGAUCUCCUGCUUGCAGGGCAUGCAGACGUAUAUUGUGGAUAGCUAUCAGACCUACGCGGCUAGUGCUAUGGCUGCUUGUGCUGUGUUGAGGAGUUUGUGCGGCUUUGGGUUCCCGCUCUUUGCUCCUUAUAUGUAUAAUGCCCUGGGGUAUGGUUGGGGUACCAGUGUGUUGGCGUUCACGGCUAUGGUUUUUGGAUUGGGUGGGCCGUUUGUUUUCUGGCGAUUCGGGCCCCGGUUGCGUGCCAUGUCUGACUAUGCCUCUGGUUGA